GUGGUUCAAUCAAGGAUAUUGCAGUGGUCGACGCGUUGACGGUUGUCCUCAAAAAUAGCAGUUCGUCGACGUCACAGGUCGCCUACUUCCUGUAAUGGUAGGCUUUCCCGAAGCUAAAAAUAGAUUGCAAGUGGAAAAUCCAAUCGUUGCGUUGGCACGAACAACUUUGGUUCGUGCACGGAGGUGUGAUACAAGUUCGUGGUUCGUGGUGUCGGCUUUAUUUGUACAGUGGGCCAAACGACGAAACGGUCUUGCUAUCUUUCAAGGCAGCCGCGCUGACUGAAUGGGCUUUCCGCUUGAUGACAUGGCAACUCCAAAAAUGAGAGCGAGAGGCAAGACGAUAGCUUCGAAACAUGGCAAAUUGACCAGCUAUGAUGCUAAUCACAAGCCAUCCAUCCAAAUCAUCAAAUGCAUUGGAUUUCAGAAGUUUCGAUACUGUGGAGAGGACAGACCAGGCAAAAAAUAUCAGGAAAAAGACUUUUUGCAACUGUCGCUUCAUAACUUGAGCGGCAAGAAUGUUACCAUCCAGAUUCUGUGCUUUGACGCAGACAAUCCAGAGAACAUUCAUCCAAAUGGAUUGGUUGGACGGGAUUGUAAUCAUGGUAUCUAUCGAAAAACCAUACCUGUCAGCAAGGCUACUCAGAUUAUAAGAAUCCCAUAUUUGCGGACUGAGCGAAUUCGUACCAAGAAAAAUGAAUCUGACAACCUGAAAAAAACAUUGUUAGAGAGAGCAUUACAACUUCCAAGUCCAUUCAAAGAAAAGUUUACAAAGCAGUGUGAAGGCAAUUUAAAGUUUGACACUACAAAAGUCUGUUUUGGUGUCAUUGCCACUCUUGAAGGUGUAAAGAUGGACCCUCUUUUUGUUGUCAGCAAUGUUGUUCAAAAUGCCAGUGAAAAGACUAAACUGGAAAUAAAGAAACUGAGUGUAAAAUCUGUGAAUGCUCAAGAAGGGGGAGAAAUAGAUAUUUUUACAAUUGAAGAUGGUCCUCCUAUUAUGGAUGGCAAAUGUUCAGUAAAAGUGAUAGUUCAUCAACAUGGCUGGGAGUCUGAGGAAACAAAACCAAAGAGAGAACAGAUCAUGUAUAAGCGUGUGGUAACCUACCAUGUACCACCAUUUAAGCCGAACCCAUCAACUACUUCCCCUAUCAAUGCAGAGCUAAAGCUCUCAUGUCUUCAGAGUGGGCAGUCUUGCACAUUUUCAUUCAUGUAUGAACCUUCUGUCAGUCAGAGAGAUUCUGACAUGCUAUGGAGCAAACCUCCACGAAAACGACCCUAUAUUGUUGAUGCAGAUGAUGACAUUCAAAGGCUUAAUGGUGCUGACAACAUAAAACUGCGUGUAAAAGAAAAGCUUCAGAGCAGGCAGUCACAAGAUAUUGACCAAAUGCAUGACCUGCAUCAGCGAGACACAAGAAGUGUACCAGGUACCAAAGGUGUCAUUCCUGUCACUGUCAGCCAAGUUUUGACUAAAGAACACAUUCAAACAGUUUCUGGUUCAAAAGAAAACCAGCCUCAGCUCCAGAAUGACAUAAUUUGGGCUACUGAUGCAAUUACUGGAGAACUUGUAUACCUUCGCACCACUACUGGUGGAUCAGUUGAGAAUGUUGUUGUAUAUGUUGAGGAAGGGGAGAAGAACAUUGAGGGUGUUGGCAGUUUGGUGGGGUUGCCUGGUGUACCAGAGCUUUCUGCUCCUAAAGCAGUGGCAGUUCCAGAUUCAGAGUGGAGCACUUCAGUUAGUCAGUCGUCUGGUACACUGAGAACACUGGCACCACUUAACACAGCCAGGUCAGUAAUGGAUGUUCGUAUGCAUGAGUCUAGCCCAGGAGUGGCAUCCAAGGCAAGACGAAAGUCCAUUUUGUCUCCCUGGCUGGUCGGUGAACCAGAAGUAUCUCCGCUCAUGCAUGGUGAUGUUGCCUUGAAUCCACUGCCUGACAGACAUCCAGCAGGAAAUUUUGUUGUGCCUUCCACAGUAGCUGCCGCCCUCAAGCAAGAAAGUGUAGAGUUUGGCACCUUGUCAGGUGGAGUUCGCAAUAUUGAUCCAGUAAAUUCAGUGAUACUCAUCAGCAAUGAGACAGUUCCAGAUGUGGGCAACAGCCUGCCAUCUCUCCCACUUAGCAGUUUUCUGACAAGUGGUGGUUUGGAAAGCAAUCUCAAAGGCAUGAAAUUUGAUGAUUCUGGAACUUUGCUGAGCUCAAGUGUCUUUGAAAUGGUGGAGCCAUAUCUAAAUAAAUAAAGGAAUGAAACAUGUUGCAUUUAUAUUUGCAAAGACAAAAACUGAAGCAAAACCUGAUAGCUUUGUUAGAAACAUGCAGAGAUGAGCCAUGAUUACACUCCCACCAUUGGGUUCAGUAAGUGGCUGGUAACUCUCAUCAUUUUAAAGCAGGUUUCUACUGUAAUUCAGGAGAUAUUUAGUAUGCCUUUCCUUUUUAAAGAGUUUGGAAAACAGUUUUUAAGACUUGUCACACAAAUAACAAAAGCAUGAAAGUCUGGAUUUGCUUAGUUAGCAUGUGGCACAUUUAUCAUGACUGGAUGCUGACAAUGACAGGCAAGUAUCAUUUUUCACAGUAUCGACAUGAAGUAAUACAUCAGGAUUGAUUUAAGUUGGCUUGGGUUCAGAUCUUAUUUCAAGAACACUUUUCUUUCUAUGUACAUAGGACCUGUUUACAGGACCAGCUGCUUUGCUUUGACAGAGCCUUAGUUGCUGGCUUAGCAUGAAACAACAAUAAGCCAAAAAUGUGAGGUGUGCAGAUAUGGUCAUUGGUAAACAUCCCAUUAAUGUAUAUAUUCCUAUGUUACUUUUUUUUUCAACACAGUGCCAUAUCCUUGUCUGUCAUGCACAAAGCAUGUUAAAGCCCCUUUUGAGUAUUAUAUUAUGAAAUAUGGGACAGUGAUUGAAGAAUAUAAAAAGCUUUUUAUUGACUGCAGUAGCAUUCCACCACUUGGCCAUUAUCAGAAUGCCUCAUCGUAAAUAUGAGAAGGCGAAAACAUCCUACCGAACAUGAAAAAAUUCCAUAAUUUCACAAAAUGUUAUUAGAUGUGCAUAAUAAAAGAAAGCAGCAUUUCACUGAAGCUGUUUUCAAAAACUUUUAAAUCUUCAUCAAUGGAUGUAGUUGGUUCAGAAAUUCAAAGAUUCAUGUACUAACGUAUCUAACUAUCACAGAAAUUAUGUGCCCUAUGAAAGCAAUCAAAAGUGGUUGAAAUCUUCCUGUUAAGAUGUGAUGUAUAGGUAAUGUGUUUGUUAGAAAAAAAUGACAGGAGGGUUUGAGAAAAAUAAGGUAUACAAUAUUAAACUCAGAUUUAACAGG